GUCAAUUAGUUUACUUUUAUUUAUUAUUAAAAAUAUGUAGUAUUUAAUGAAAAAUUAUUUUCAAUCGCAGUUUGAAGUUGAAAAAUUGGGUAGUUGCUGGAUGUUGGUUAAAUAAGUAUCGGGUUGUAACUUGAAAAUAAUAUAGAUCAUUAUUAUUUUUAUUCUUUGAAAUGCAUAUUUUAUGAUUAAUUUGCUUUUAUGUAAUGCUAAGUGAUUGUAAUUUCCAUCUAAAAAAAGUAAAAUAAUCACAAAGUUUUCAUACAAAGUAAACGUGCAAAGUAUACGUACAAAGGUACGGCACUGACGGAGUAGCCGACGCAAUUCUCAUACCAAAUCUAGGGACCCAGCAGCUAGAGCAUUUUUCACAGCAAAGAUAAUAACCUGAAGGUAGUCAGGAAGUAAUCUCGAAACAAGCUAUUCGAUUUGGCCUAACGUAGCACUCAUGGAGACUUAUACAGUCUUCAUGGCAGCACUGCAUCCAGCAUUUGGCCAGUUUGCAAGUUAAGGUUACAAAUAGGAUCAAAACAAAACAAAUGGCAAUUAUAAUAAAACUGACAGUAUAUUAAUCAAAUUCAUAUUAAGUGUGAUUUUUGAAGUAAAUUUAUCAAGAUGCCUACUUGCUAUGCAAAAGGAUGCAAAAAUAGUUCUGCCAAAGGUGUCAAAAUGAGCUGUUUCCCUAAAAAUUCCAUACGAAGAGAAUUGUGGACAGAUAUUUGCAAAAAGUUUGGCGCCAAAACUUAUAUGCUUCCUAAUGAUCAUUCAGUUUUGUGUGAAUAUCAUUUUACAGCAGAUAUGUGGGAAAAGCCAAAAGUAGAUGGAAAAAAGAAACUGAAACCUGAUGCAGUGCCUACUAUUUUUGGUCAUUCAGUGUUUCAAGUUAAAAAAAAAAAACGAAUGGUUGCUCCACCUCAAAUUAACUACCUAAAUACAAUUAUGGUGCGUACCAAUCCUCAUACCAAAGACCUUCAAAUAUGGUCUAAAUCGGGCCAACACUAUAAAAUAUUACUAGUCAAUCGUCCAACCAAUAAGUCUAUGAUCACAGCUGAUAAAUCAAAAGAUUUAGACACGAAAGAAAAUGAAGAAGUAUCAAUUAUUGAAGAAAAAAAUACAAGCCUGCUCUCAAAUAGCAAUGCAAUUUCAUAUUACAUUAAGGAUGAAACAUCAGAGGUUACUAAAAAUACAGAUAUUCCAAAUGAUCCUGUCAGUAAUUGCAAGUUGCUAAAAGAUGAUGAUAGUGAUUCAGAUUCUUUUAUAGAUAAAAAUUUUGAACCGAUAACAGAUGAUGAAAUAGAAGUCACUGAAGAAGAUUAUGAAAACUUUGAACCAGUAACAGAUGAAGAAAUUAAUUUCAAUGAGGAUAAUAAUUUACCAAUGAAAGAAAAAAAUAUUAACCCCAAUAUGAACACAGAAGAACACCGUGUACAUUUGUUGCCGAAACACCUCAACCAAUUUUCUUGUAAAACAACUGAUGCAAAAUGCAGUAGAUGUGAAAAAUUUGAAAAAGCAUUGCAAAAUAGUGAAAAAAUGAGAAUUAUGAUGAAAAACAAUCAUAAGAUGACACGUAGAAGUCUAAAGAGCAAGAUACAAUUACUAGAAAACAAAAUAAAAGUAUUAGAAACUAAUUACAUAGGCUUACGUAAAAUUUUAAAUGAAGAUCAAAUUAAUUUUUUGGGUAAAGGAACAAAAAGGAGGUAUAAGUGGUCUCAAGAAACUCUAUUGAAAGCAAAUGAAUAUAAACUUGCAUUAGGUAGAAAAGGAUACCAAUUAUUACUCGAUUAUAAGUGGCCAUUACCAACUAUCAGAACCAUACGCGCUAAUCUAGAAAAGAAAAAAGUUGUAAAAAACGAAUCUUCCUCCCAUCCUGACAGUGUUUAAAAUGACCUUCAUUUUUUCAUGAUUUGUGUUAUUUAUUAUUUUAUUUUUUUAUAACCUUAAAAUUUUGUAUUUUUGGUAGUGUACAUAAUUAAAUGAUUAACUAUUAAGCAAAAAUGUAUUGUUACUUAAGAAUAAGAAAUUUUUAUUUACAAAUAAAGAUUUUACAAUUUUGUUUUGAUUUACGACCCUUAAAAUAAUAUUUACAAUCAGAACGUA